CAAAGCCAGCCUCACUUUCCCCGACUGCCACAAGCCUCACGCCCGCUCUGCCCUACAACUGCGAACCCAGCUCCCCCAACCCACGCACUCACUCUCUCUCUCUCGCAGUGCCUACCUGGGCGAGAGAAGGCGCUUCGCUGCUUGCAUCGCACCCUCCCACAAGCACUACCAGAUCCAUUUCUACAUUUCUGGACCAGGAGGGGGUUUGAGGCGAGGGGUGGGAGGGAAGGGGUUGACACACGCGGGGGAGGCUGCUCCCUCCGUUGCUGGGGAUCGGGAGAUGGUGGCCAACUCCAAGUACAGCGGCCGCGUCUUCAUCAAAUCCAUUCUGGGUCGACCCGACGGUGGAGUUGGGCUCAUUGGGCAGAAGGUGACUGUGGGAGGAUGGGUCAAGACUGGCCGUGUCAUGGGCAAGACCGCGUCUGCCUUCUUGGAGGUGAACGAUGGAUCCUGGAUUGGCAACUUGCAGGUGUUGGUGGACGCGACUGUCGCCACGGAACGGCAGCUCACCCUCACCGGGACCAGCGUCUUGGUGCAAGGGAAGCUCGUGGAGCCCCCUGAAGACAAGAAGCAGAAGGUGGAGCUGCUCGUGGAGACCAUUCUGCAUGUUGGGACCGUGAACGCCGCCAAGUAUCCCAUUUCCAAGACCAAGCUGUCGCUGGAGUCGCUUCGCAGCCAAUUGCACCUCCGGGCUCGCACCAACACCAUUUCGGCUGUGGCGCGAAUCAGGCACGCUUUGGCUGUGGCGACGCACACGUUCUUCGACCGGAAUGGGUUCAUGUGGGUGCACACUCCCAUCAUCACGACCAGCGACUGCGAGGGCGCGGGCGAGAUGUUCCAAGUGACGACGCUGUUCAGCGAAACGGAAAGGAGAGAUCGCGAGUAUGCGGCGAACCCACCUCCGAGCCAGGCCGAGGUGGAGGCAGCCCAAGAGGUCGUGGCGGAGGCGGCUGAGGUGGUGAAGGAGCUGAAGGCGCAGAAGAAGAACAAGAAAGAGUUGGAACCGUCGGUGCAGGCGUUGAUGAAGGCGAAGGAGCACGCCGCACACUUGGAGGCACGAGCGAGCCUGAAACCCGGGAUGCCGAGGAAAGAAGGCGGGGAGGUGGAUUUCGGAGCGGAUUUUUUCGCACGACAAGCGUUUCUGACGGUGUCGGGGCAGAUGCAAGUGGAGAUGUAUGCAUGUGCGCUGAGCAACGUGUACACGUUCGGGCCGACGUUCAGGGCGGAGAACUCACACACGACGAGGCACUUGGCGGAGUUCUGGAUGAUCGAGCCAGAGAUAGCGUUUGCGGACUUGCAGGACGACAUGAACUGUGCGGAGGAUUACGUGAGGUUCAUGUGCCAGUGGUUGCUGGACCACUGUCUGGAGGACAUGAAGUUUAUAUCGAGUAUGUAUGACAAGACGGCCGUGGAUCGUCUGAAGCUGGUGGCGUCGACGCCGUUCGUGCGCAUCACGUACACGGAAGCAAUCGAGAUACUAGAGAAGGUGACAGAGAAGAAGUUCGAGAACAAGGUGGAAUGGGGAAUCGACCUAGCAUCGGAACAUGAAAGGUAUUUGACAGAGGAGAUAUACAAGAAGCCAGUGAUUGUGUACAACUACCCGAAGGACAUAAAAGCGUUUUACAUGCGGCUGAACGACGACGAGAAGACGGUGGCCGCUAUGGACGUGCUGGUACCGAAGGUUGGAGAGCUGGUGGGUGGGAGUCAGAGGGAGGAGCGUCAGGACGUUCUUGAGAGGAGGUUGAAGGAGAUGAACUUGCCGAUGGAGCCGUAUGAGUGGUACAUAGAUUUGCGGCGACACGGAACAGUGAAGCACGCAGGGUUUGGGCUUGGAUUCGAGCGGAUGAUAUUGUUUGCGACGGGGUUGGAGAACAUCAGGGACGUGAUUCCGUUUCCGAGAUAUCCAGGCAAGGCGGAGCUUUGAGGUGAUGGGAAGGUGUUGACUCUUCGAUGGAGUGACUGGUAGUUGUAUUAUCCGGUUGUAGAUGAGGUUGGAUGUCAUGUCCAGCCAUAUGACAUUGAUUUAAUCGUCAUCAUCGUGCCAACAUUCGCCUCUGGAGCUGUUCAAGCUGCUUGUUGGCUGUUGUCUGGCCGUGUUGGCGAUUAAUUGAAUUUUUUCAUUUAAGCUCUUCUCGGGGAAGGUUGGGUCUGGGCGAUGCUUGUACCACGAAGUAUGGUUUGUCCGACGCAGUGAAUGGAGUCAUCGACCAUUUCAGUC